CAGCUGCUGACUGAGAAACGGAGCGAGGCAGACAGAGGAGAACUGAAGUUCGACCAGUUGUUACCAGUUUCAGUAAAGUACUGAUAUACAAGAAUGGACAUAAGGAGCUUCUUUCAAAGAAAAAAACUCAGCACAAAGAGGGAGAGAGAGGAACAGAGAGGAGAAUGAGGACAGAACAGAGAUGGAACAAGAGCAGAUGGUCAGCGCGGGCGGGACGGCAGUGGCAGCAGGUGGAAAGGUUCCCCUCUUGAUGUGAUCAUGAGUCAGAUCCGCAGGAAGCGCACGGCCUCAGACAGGAAGCCGUUAGGACGUUUCCUGUCGUGGACCUCGGACCGGCCGGGGAUCCCCGAGGACGGAGAAUCGGAGAUGAAAGAGGACAGAGGACCGAGCUCAGGCUUUGCAGCGUCAGCAGAGAGUGAGCGGGACGUCGGCUGGGGUCGAGUGUGUGUUUUCCUGAAGAGACUCGGGAAGAAAGCCGACAGCAGGAGCCUCAGUUUGGCUCACUGUGACCUGACGGCUACAGACCUGCUGGAGCUUGCAACGUUGCUGCAGUUCCUCCCCCAGGUGGAAGAGAUGGACAUCUCCUGGAACGAGUUGAUCGGUGGAUCCCUGACGGCUCUGACGUCUCAUCUGCAACACGUGGGCGAGGUCAGGACGCUGAGGCUCUGCAGCUGCAGGCUAAAUAGCGAAGACGUCGUUGCUCUUGGUGAAGCUCUCAGCUACAUCCCUGCUCUGGAAGUUCUUGAUUUGUCCUGGAACAGCGGCGUUGGGGGCGGUGGUCUGCAAGGCCUGCUGGGGAACCUUCACCCAUCACUGAGGGAGCUCCACCUGGUGGCCUGUCGGCUCACUGCGGCCGAUGCUACAGUGCUGGGAGGAAUGGUGGCUGCUCUGCCCAGACUCUGUGUGCUGGACGUCUCUUGUAAUGCUCAGCUCACACAGGAAGUGGACACUGGUGGCUUCAGGGAAUUGGUCAGCUCUCUCUCUCACGCCACCUCCCUCACCACGCUUCGACUGCAGGCCUGCGGUCUAACGCCUGACAGCCUUGAUGCUCUCGGUGGUUCACUCCGUUGCCUCCCCUCUGUGGGAGAGCUGGACCUGUCCUGUAACAAACUUCUAGCUGGUGGACUGAGCCGCCUCACCUUUCACCUGGCUCACGUCACACACCUGGAGAGACUCGACCUCCACCUGUGUUGCCUCACGCGAGAUGAUCUAGAGGCUCUGAUCCAGGUGCUGCCCUCUCUCACUGCACUGACGGAGCUUGAUGUGUCAUCCAACAAGGAAGUGGGAGGUGGGGUCCACCCGCUGGUCUCUGCCCUCCCUGUGACACAAAUGAGGCGGCUGCCAUUCAACAGCUGCUACCUGAGCAACGAGUCCUUCACUGCUCUGGCCCUGGCGGUGCCCUAUCUGCGCACGGUGGAUAUUUCCUGGUGUAAAGUGGUUGGCGGUCACUUGGCGCUCCUGCUGGAUGCUCUGCAGCCAUCAGUCGUCAGCGAGCUCCGUCUUUGCAGCUGCGAGCUCACCACUGAUGACAUGCAACAUCUGGCUGCCGUGUGCAGACGGGGCUGUCUCUCCUCACUCCGUGCACUGGAUCUGUCCUACAACAGCUUGGUGGGAGACAACGGUUGGUGCAGUCUGUUUGCAGCAGGAGGUCUGGGCUCUCUGGAAGACGUGGAUGUCAGUUUGCGACCUUCAACCUCUGCUCCGUGCUCAGCCUGGCUGCCCGCUCUGCUCCGAGCUCUGCCUCAAAUGCCGGCGCUGGCUCGACUGGCCAUGCAGAGGUGGACAGCUGACUGUCAGGAGAGAGAGCAGCUGAGGUACUGUCUGAAGAAGAGGAGUGUCCUGCUGGAAUGGGAUCCAGAUUUACAAGACACAUCAUCAGCAUGCAAAGGGAAGAGCCAGGAGAGCCUAGAAGAGAGUCAGCCUGAGGAGUAGGGAGCAGAAAGCCUGAGUUAUCUGAUCUCAAAUUAAAAAUCAUCACAGAGAGAUUUCAAAAGAGAACUAGGGAAGAAAAACGCAGUCAGGUCUGAAAAACCUUCUGAUUACAAGUAAAUUUGUCCAAACAUUUGUACAAUGUGACCAGCUGGGACAGGUCCUCUGGGACUGACCUUGAGUUUUACAAUGUUGAAUUCUUUGUUAGGUGUUUACGGUGUCGUUUAAUACUCUUCUUUUAUUCUUGAGCAUGUUUGGAGUCUUUAUUCUGUGGGGUUUAUCCCUGUGUCUGUUUCCCUGUUGAGUUCGAUAUUCACACCGGAUAUGUCCCAUUUUAUUUUGGCGGUCAACUGUCAGAAACAUUUCAUGUUUAGUUUUACGUCCCUCUCCUCUCUCAUUGUCAUUGAUCAUCUUCACCUGUUUUGUUGGCUUUCUGUGUUUAAAUGGUGGUGUCUUCUGUUUAUGAAGGACAGUGGAAUUAAUUUGCUUUUUAAUCUCAUGAACUUUAUCAUUCUGCACUUGGCUCCACAUUUCAUGGACUUUGUAAUUCUGCAGUCAGACAACAGCCUAAAUAAAGA